GUCCAUAUGAAACAGAGACUGGGCAACGAGCAAAACAGAAAUCAGUAGAUCGACUGCGCGUAUUAGUUAUUGAGUUGCCAAACAACAAAGAUUACAGCAAUGCAGCGUGUACACAGUCGUCGCUCUGAAGCCAGUGAGGCUGAAAUGGAUGGAAUAGCCGAACAAGAGUUAGCCAAGCUCCAGAGGCAGUACCGAAUCAUGGAAGGAGACCGUAGAGCUUAUGGGGAGGAGUCUCAAAACGUCAUUAAAAAGCAAAGAGAUACUAUUCAAUGGCUACAGAAAGAGAAUGAAGAAUUGAUGAAAGACAACAGACUAGCUGGCAGCAACCAGAACCAGAGCAAGGACAACACAAAUACAAGUACAUUAGCAGAGCUGCUGGACAAAGAAGAGACAUAUGCGGAUGAAAUUGAUGAGGUGAAAACUGACAUCAAUGAUCUGAAUGCACAGACAAGAGUUAUGGAAAAGAAGAUCAGCCAACAAAGGAAGAAUAUGGGAGGAGUUCAUAUGAGCCAUGCAAGAUAUAAACAAACAAAGAAACAUAUCAGUGUGCUUGAGAAUCGACUUGACCAGGCUAGUAAGAAAUUCAAUGCUAGUCUUGCUGAGAAUUGGAAACUCAGAGAGAGAAUUGAUAAUCAGAAAGUGGAGCGUAGCACAUUUGAGGCUCGCUGCAAAAAGUUAGAUAACAAGAUUGUUGAGGUCAAGCGACAGAUCAGCGAAGUGAUAGAGGCUUCCACAGCAGCCUAUGAUGCCAGGGAUGAAGCACAAGCCAAGAUGUUAGCUUUGAAAGAAAAGAAUGACAAGGACCUUGCUCAGUACAAUACAGAGUUCAAGGAGUUGGUGCGCAUUAUUGAGCAUGAUCGCAAGCUUAAGGAGUUCAUGCGAGUGAAGGGUGAGGAGAGAGCUGAUAUGCUGGAAGGUGAACUAUCAAGUAGAAAGAAGAAGAAAGACGAGAAGGAUAAAGUAGACAAAGCUGAUGAGACUAUAGAGUCAUAUGAGGCAGCCUUCCACAAGAUCAAGGAAGCAACAGAAAUUGAAGACACUGAUCUUUUGGUGAACAAAUUCAUUGAAGUUGAAGAUCGUAACUUUGCUUUGUUCAACUACGUGAAUGAGCAGAAUAAUGACAUUGAGAAGCUCCAAGAAGAGAUUGCAGAGGCAAAAGCAGAUAUUGAGAAGUUCAAGAGUGAGGGCGUUGAGAUGGAGGCUGAGAGAAAAGCCAUCCUGAAGAACAAGGAAGAGAAACUGAAUGCAGCAACCGAGAAGGGGGAUCAAUUUGACGGCCAGUAUAAACACACCAAGAAAAUCCUUGAACAGCUCAAGACAGGUAUUGAUUCGCUGUUCAACAAGAUCAACUGUGAUAGAUCUGCCAUAGAGAACUUGCUAGGAAGCAAGGAGGGCAUCACUGACAACAACAUGAUGCAGUUUCUGGGGAUUAUUGAACAACGUACCAAUGAACUUCUACAAGUACAAGCAUUUCAACUAACAAAGGACACUGAGAAAGAGGAUCCAUCACCACCAGUUGGUCUGCUUGGACAGGGUCCACAGCCUGGGGUGGUGGGCGUAUCUAUCGUUCCGCCUUCCACUGGGGAUGACUAUGACAGCGAUACCUCUACUGGAAGUGAUGAUGAUCAGAGGCCUAUGACACAACAAGAGCUCAAAAACAGGAUCAUGAAAGGGAUUACGAAACGAGAAGCGCACCCUAAAAAGACGAACCACCCGAGCUCCGCAACCUCCGACAAGGCCACCUCUCGAAAGAAGAAAGCUGCAAAGUAGUGAUUUCGUUUUAAGCAAGGCUUGUACAUACACCGUCAGAGGUUCGCCGUCUGCCCUUCCUGUUGAUGUGGGCUGUGCGAGUUCAGCACGAAGUUGUGACCCAUCGCGCCAAACGUCAGUCAAUAAAAUACCCGUUUCCGUUUCAAAUCUGUAUAGCGAGUUUUUAACACUGUAAAAACGCGAGAACUGUUUUUUCACGGGUUUAAUCAAAAUACAGCAUUAUUGUUAAUAAAUAUAAUUAAAAGGA